GUCACUCUUCGGAAAUGGGACGCUCUUCGAAUUCACUGCUCCGACAGCUUUGAACUUUCCACAGAAGACCUAAGGCCACUGAGUCAUACGCCUUAUUGUACUCAGCUUAAAUUAAUCCUCGCGAAAGACUCGAUAGUUUUAAUGACCACCUUCAGUGACUAGACUUCAAAGUAGGAUGAGACGCCAGUCGAAACCGAUGUCCGUUAGACCGCGAAGCGAGAGUCUUUUGGAGGUCGCGCAAGAUUUAGAGCUACUAUGUGUCAAAGAGAGAGAGGUUACCGACAUGGAGAGGGCAAAAGAACUUCGCGAAAAGAGAGUCGCUGAGUUAAGGAAAACAAAUGGAACUUUAGAGAAGGGAUAUCAGCGAAUCUUAGACGAUAUAGAGCAAACACGCGACCGCCGACGAGUCCCAGAAGAGUACUAUUUGAAAGUUAAAGAUUACCUAAAGACAACACGAGCAGUGAGCGAGACCGAAGUAAAUGACUUUCGGAAGGAAGCUGAGGCAUGUCUUAGGGAUCUCGCAACCGAGAGAUACACUGUCCUCAUUCUUGGAGAAACCAGCGCUGGCAAAAGCAGUCUUAUUAACCUCUUACUUAGCGAACGCAUUAUGCCAACCAGUAUCAAGCAGAGUACAUUGACUAUAUGUGAAAUAUCGUAUGGAGUGACCGAAGAAGCUGUCCUGCACUUGGCUAAUAGAAGCAAGCCAUCUCGUGUCCUUACCGGGGACAGAUUUGAAAAGUAUAAAGAUUACAUUCAAAAACCAAUAGAGGAUGAAAACUGGUGCGAGAAGAUAGAGAUCAAGAUUCCAAAUCCACUAUUAAAGGGUGGCGUAGUGAUCGUGGACAGCCCUUGAAUUGGCGAUUCCAAGCGUGUCAGUGAAAUCACCCUGAAAUACUUAAGUCGAGCCUACGCUUUUAUUUACGUGGUAAACACUCCAAACGCCGGAGGAUUACAACAGGACAGGCUGAUGCCAAUCUUGAGCGAAUGGGUAAGACUCUACAAGGGGGAGGAUGGCUGCGGUAUCACUUCCGAAUCUGCUAUUUUUGUCUGUAACAAGUGGGACGAGGUGGAAAAGCAGUCUAACCGAAAUCAGGAGCAAGAUCCUGAAAGGCACAUCAUCGACACUCUCAGAAAGACUAUUCCCGAACUGGAUGAAAAAUUCCAAAUCAUUAAGAUGUCUGUCUUGAGAGCUGCAGAAGUAAAAGAGAGAUUCGACGUGAUGGGUGAUGAUCUCCACAAUCUUGUGAAUCGACUACAACGUCUUCUGCCGCUUUGCAUUGAGAGAAAAAUAGAAUUUUUCUACUUCUGGAUUAGCGGCCAGCUCUGCAGCUUGUCCGAUCAGCUGAAAGGUGAAAUGUGUAACGCCAAAAGGAACAGAGAGCAACGUCUCCAGGCUCGGAAGGUACUUGACGAGAAACUCAGCAAGCUUAAAGAAGGCAACCCCAUCCGAGAAAUUGAGAAUGCCAUAACUUCGUAUGUGAAACAAGCACAACAAAAACUUGCUUCCUACCUACAGACUGAUGAAUUUAAAAGGAGCUUUUGCAGGUGGACAGAAAACGAACUGCCUAAAACGGAAGAGGGUCAAAACUUUUCAAAGAUGAAAGAGGCAUUUAGCAGAUGCAUUGAACAACGAUUCGAAAAUUUCCUCCAAGACUGGGAAAGCAGAGUGAAUUUUUUCACCCAAGCACACGCAGAACUGGAAGCACAGUUUAACAAAGGUUUCCUAGAGUUUGAAAGAGAAAUUCGAGACAUUGACCGUGUACUUGUUGGAAGUGACGUGGACGACUUCCGACCUUUUGAGAUUCGACCGGGCCGGAUGUUCUCGCCUUUAGAUCCAAGAAUGAAAAAAUUUCUGGUGAUGACUGGCUUAAUUUUAUGGCCAGUUUUGAUACCCGUAGGCCUCGCUGCCGGAUUUAUUUCUGCACCCGUCCUUGGGGUACUGGCAUUUGGAAAGCAUCUAAAAGAACAACACCAGAGGAGCAAUUGUUGUCUAACAAUGACAGACCUCUCGGCGGAGUUCCUCGAGGACUUCAUUACAGACAAAAUCCUCAGUUACGUUCGAGACAAAUUCAGCGAGGAGACGAAUCGCAUUGCGAACAUCAAGAGGUGUCACCAACAGUUAAUCACCAAAUACGAGCAGCGAUGCAAAGACCUGACAAAGAGCGAAGACGAAUCAAGGGAAAAAGAAAUCCUUGAAAAAUACCAACCACUCUACUCAAACUUAAAGGACAUGAAUGAAAACUUGAUGUUCGAUGCAAUUCAAAAUGGAAUACAGGUGAUGUACCCAUCUUGCCAGCUUGAUGUGAGACGACUCAAGUACAAUGAGAAAGAAAGACAGGCUCACCUUGGUGCAGGCACUUAUGGAAUGGUUUUCAAAGGUAGAUACUCUCCUCCUGGACAUAAAAGAAAAGAUGUUGCGGUCAAAAAGAUCCGGGAACAUUCAGAUCCAUCAAAUGUUGCUACCUUUCUAAAAGAAGCAGCAAUGCUGAAGCAACUUGAACACAAGCACAUCGUUACAUUUUACGGAGUGGGCAUAGACGUUCAAAACCGAGAACUCGUUUCCCUGGUUCUAGUGUUUGACUUGUGUAUCAGGAGCCUAGACCAGCAAAUCUUUGAAAAUGAUGAGUACAUUCCGUGGAAGACGGCCAGUGCAGCAGCUGGGAUUAUGCUCUGGGCAAAACAAAUCUUAGAUGCGCUUGAAUUCAUCCAUAGCAAGAAUGUUGUCCAUCGAGAUCUCAAGCUGGCCAAUAUUCUGAUCUCAAAACGUAAGCACAUCAAAGUUGCAGACUUAGGUCUAGCAACCUUUAAAGACAAAAUAACUGGCACGAUGUGUGGAACUCCAUUGUAUAUGGCACCGGAGGUAAUGGAAGGCAAACUCCACAGCACAAAGGUGGAUAUAUACAGUUUUGGUCUUGUGAUGUGGGAAAUGUGGUUUGGGAAACGCGUCUUCAGCGAACUACGACGUGAAGAAUUCUUUAGACGAAUUAAAGAUGAGCAUUAUCGUCCACAAAUUCCCAGGAAUGGUAAUCCUCCUCCAGCAAUAUGGAUUGAGCUCAUGACAUCGAGUUGGCAAUCCGACCCAAGUUUGAGGCGAACAGCCACCGAAUGUAAAGAUAUUAUUAAGACAAUUAGGGAUCAACAUGUUGAGUAGCUUAAAGGUUGCUUUAUCUCCUUUUGCGUUUAUGAUGAUUUUCAGUUUGUUUUCGAACAAGCGACAGCCAUGCUCAGAUGAGUUGAUCCUUAGGGGCCAAGAGACAAAUAAUCGGGCGUGACGAAAAUAUAACAGGAAUUUCGGCUUGACCCAAACAAAAAAGAUACCGGUAACUCUGUGAGUGAGAGCCUGGCUUCUUUGCCCUUCACUUAAAUAUUUUUGUGAGCCCUAAGGCGCCUUUUUAUUUCUAGUCGCACGAUUAGUCGUCUCUAAGGCUCCAAGAGUGAGGCAUGUCUAAAUCGUUCAACGGUCAAAACAUUGCGUGAGCACUGGAUUUUAGUUUGAAAAUACUUUUAUUUUUGAAAUAAACAAUUUUUAAUAUAAGAGAAAAAUCGAGUUUCCACUUUUAUUUUUAUUUUAUUAGUUCCACUAUGAAUUCAAACAACCUAGAAUGCUGAAUUGUUAUAAUAAAAUUACAGUCUUUAACAAUAGAGGACAUCUGAGUUCUACUUUAAAGUUAAGCAAUCUGGAAUGCUCAAUUGUUACUAAAAAAAAGUUCUAAAGUAGAUUAACAGUGGAAGACAUGCGAGUUCUAUUUUGUAUUUAACAGUUUGCCAAAGGCAAACUACUUUGUAGUUAUAUUAAACACUCUAGAAUACUCAA